CUGGGGUUUGUUUGUUUUACAAAUCCGCGGCCCCUCCCUCAGGCAGUUGUCACGGCGUGGUGUGAGGCUGUAGACCUACUGCGCAGGCGUCGUCUUGUGGUAACCUAGUCACCUUGGAGCUUUAGGAUUGUCGCCUAAGGCCAUCUCCGAUUCUGUCGACUCUUCUCUUUUCUCCUAGCCCAUAAAGGGUUUAGGGACCAGGCAAGAACCUUUUGGCUCUCUCCUCCACCCAUUCGUCCCAGUACCUCAUCCUUUUUGACCCGAGUCAAAGUCAGACGCCGGGGCCGGAAGUCUGGGAAAGCCUGUUGAAGAUGAAGCUGUGGAUAAAACCAUUUUCAAAGACUGCAGCAAGAUUGCUUUCUACAGGCGUCAGAAACAGCGGCUCACCGAGAAGGCUGCCUAUCAGGCAUUACUAGAUUCAGUCACAACAGGCAAAGACAGCACCAGGUUUCAAAUUAUCAACGAAGUAGCUAAGUUCAAGUAUCAGAGCCAGAGCCCAUCAGAUCUGGAUGCUCUCAAAGGAAGAGAAGCCACAGUCCAGGAGGACCCCUGGGAGCUCAGCACAAGACAGCAUGUGGCUCAGAAGGGAGCUGAGGAGCCCAGCAAGCAAGUGCCAGUUAUCCAAGACAUCAGCAACAAAGCUCCCAAGACUGAGAACUUUGAAGACCCCCUGGAACAGACUCCAUGUUCAGGUUCCUCUCCUAGCUGAAGUUUAUGGUAUAGAGGGAAAUAUUUUCAGGCUUAAAAUCAAUGAAGAAACACCCCUGAAGCCCAGGUAUGAAGUUCCCGAUGUCCUCACAAGCAAGCCAAGCACUGUAAGGCUGACUUCAUGCUCAGGGGAUACAGGCAGUCUGGUAUUGGCAGAUGGAAAAGGAGAUCUGAAGUGUCAUAUAACAGCAAACCCAUUCAAGGUAGACUUGGUGUCUGAAGAAGAGGUGGUGAUGAGCAUAAACUCCCUGGGCCAGUUGUACUUUGAGCACCUGCAGAAUCCUCUCAUGCAAAGAGCUACCAAGGAAAAUGAGGAUACAUCAGUUGACACCACUCAGGAAAAUCAGGAUGAACUGUGCCUGUGGGAGGAGAAAUUUGAAAAUUUUGUGGAUGUCAAAGUUAAUGGUCCUGCCUCCAUUGGUUUGGAUUUCUCCUUGCAUGGAUUUGAACAUCUCUAUGGGAUCCCACAACAUGCAGAAUCACACCAACUUAAAAAUACUGGUGAUGGGGAUGCUUACCGACUUUAUAACCUAGAUGUCUACGGAUAUAAAGUACAUGACAAAAUGGGCAUUUAUGGUUCAGUGCCUUAUCUCCUGGCCCACAAACUGGGCAGGACUCUAGGCAUUUUUUGGCUGAAUGCCUCAGAAACACUAGUGGAGAUCAGUACAGAACCUGCAGUAAAGUACACACUGACCCAAAUGGGCCCAGUUGCCGCUAAACAGAAGGUCGAAUCUCGAACUGAUGUGCGCUGGAUGUCAGAGAGUGGAAUCAUUGAUGUUUUUCUGCUGACAGGACCUACACCUUCUGACGUCUUCAGGCAGUACUCAUACCUUACAGGCACACAGGCCAUGCCCCCACUCUUCUCCUUGGGGUACCAUCAGUGCCGCUGGAACUAUGAAGAUGAGCAGGAUGUAAAAGCAGUGGAUGCAGGAUUUGAUGAACAUGACAUUCCUUACGACGUCAUGUGGCUGGACAUAGAGCACACCGAGGGCAAAAGGUACUUCACCUGGGACAAGAAAAGAUUCCCAAAUCCCAAAAGGAUGCAAGAGCUGCUCAGGAGCAAAAAACGUAAGCUUGUGGUCAUCAGUGACCCCCACAUCAAGGUUGAUCCCAACUACUCAGUGUAUGCUAAGGCCAAAGAACAGGGCUUCUUCGUGAGGAAUCAUGAUGGGGGUGACUUUGAAGGUGUAUGCUGGCCUGGUCUCUCCUCCUACCUGGAUUUCACCAAUCCCAAGGUCAGAGAGUGGUAUUCAAGCCUUUUUGCCUUCUCUGUUUAUCAGGGGUCUACUGACAUCCUGCACGUGUGGAAUGACAUGAAUGAGCCCUCUGUCUUUAGAGGGCCAGAGCUAACCAUGCAGAAGAAUGCCAUUCAUCAUGGCAACUGGGAGCACCGAGAACUUCACAAUAUCUAUGGCUUUUAUCAGCAAAUGGCCACUGCAGAAGGACUGAUCCAGCGAUCUAAAGGGAAGGAGAGACCCUUCGUUCUUACACGUUCUUUCUUUGCUGGAUCACAAAAGUAUGGUGCUGUGUGGACAGGUGACAACACAGCAGAAUGGAGUUACCUGAAAAUUUCUGUCCCUAUGUUACUGACCCUUAGCAUUACUGGGAUCUCUUUUUGUGGAGCUGACAUCGGUGGCUUCAUCGGGAACCCAGAGGCAGAGCUGCUAGUGCGAUGGUACCAGGCCGGAGCCUACCAGCCCUUCUUCCGCAGCCAUGCUACCAAAAACACCAGGCGACGGGAACCCUGGCUCUUUGGAGAGAAGCACACCCAGCUCAUCCGCGAAGCCAUCAGAGAGCGCUAUGCCCUCCUGCCCUAUUGGUAUUCUCUGUUCUACUUUGCACACGUGGCUUCCCAACCCGUCAUGAGACCUCUAUGGAUAGAGUUUCCUGGUGAAUUAGAGACUUUUGGUGUGGAAGAUGAAUACAUGUUGGGAAGUGCUUUAUUGGUUCAUCCAGUCACAGAACCAAAAGCCACUGUGGUUGAUGUGUUUCUGCCAGGAUCAAAUGAGGUCUGGUUUGACUCUAAGACGUUUUCUCAUUGGAAAGGAGCAUGUACUGUAAAGAUCCCAGUAUCCCUGGACACUAUACCAGUGUUUCAGCGAGGUGGAAGUGUGGUACCAAUAAAGACAACUAUAGGAAAAUCUACAGGCUGCAUGACUGAUUCCCCAUAUGGCCUCCGGGUGGCCCUAAGCACUAAGGGUUCUGCCGUGGGUGAAGUCUAUCUCGAUGAUGGCCAUUCAUUCCAGUACCUCCACCAGAAGCAAUUCAUGCACAGAAAGUUUUCGUUCUCCUCAGGUGUUUUGAUCAACAGUUGUGCCGACGAGAGGGGUCGUUAUCCCAGCAAGUGUAUAGUGGAGCAGAUCUUUGUCCUAGGCCUCAAGAAGCAGCCGUCUUCUGUGACCGCCCACUCAUCUGAUGGUAAAGCUCAGCCCGUGGCUUUUACAUAUUGUGCCAAAACGUCCACCCUGAGCCUGGAGAAGCUCUCGCUGAACAUUGGCGCUGACUGGAAGGUCCACAUCCAGUGACAGAGCAGUGCACCUGGUAACAAGCACAGGGAGCGGCCUGCACCUUUCGGCCCUUCCUGGGGCCUUUUUUGACAUUUGUGCUGCAUGCUGAUUUUCUCUGGCUCAAAGUAAUCUUUCAUUAGUCACCAGUUACUAAUGGACAACAGCUUUCAGAUUUUACAUUUUUAGAUGUAUUAGUAAUACUCUUCGUGUCACACACCACCUCUUCUCCUAGACGCAAGUGGCCCUGAGACAAUUUACAGGGUUCACAAAUCUUCCAUUUGCUCCUAUGUCCAUGGCCUGUGGUAAGCGCUGUGGUCCAGUGACUGCUUCUCAUUGAGCACAGCUGGGUGGGUUUGUUUUAUGUGAAAGGUGGGCCAGGCCUACCUUGUGUGGCUGAUUUGUGGAAGAGUCCAUGUGGCAGAGCCACAUGGGCUACAGCAGCUGAGCUGCUCGAGGCCUAUCUCCAAGUGACAGCCCCUGGCACCCCCCGUAGUUCUCUUUUAUCCACUUAGACCUGGACAAAAUGACCCUUGUCUGCUUGUGCUGCAUGCACUGCAGCAACAGGGAGUUAGUCUACCCUAGAGACCGACUCAGGAUUCUUUUCCCUGUCACUUUUUUUUGGGAUUCAAAGUGCCAAAUUAAUCUUCUUAAAAUUCUAAUUUCUUUAUAGUAAUUGUUUUUAUUAAAUACUGUCUACUAACCAAAGAAUAUUUGUAACAUGAGUAAGCUAUAAUUAAUAGUAAUAAAAUAAAUAUCCAUGUCACUAUCAAACUUCAGAAAUAGAACACGGGACUGGGACAAGGGUAAGGCAAGGUCAAGGCCCACUUGCCUUGGGCACAAAAUUUAAAAUGAUGCCAAAAGUCACAGUAAUCAAAGUAAAUAAUAUUUUAAUGCAAUAUUUUAAAAAAUCAAAAUUAAUAUGAAAAAUCCAUGAUGAACAAAAUACCAAAAUUUUAAAUGACAGGAUCAAUAUUACUGAGUUUUACUUUUGCCUCAGGCUCUGGCACAGCUUGGCAUGGGACAGAACAUUACACUAUACCAGUCCCUCAGGAUGCCCCUGCUCUGGAGACCCCAGGGACUCCCUGCCUCCGCAGCAUGUGCUCGGGCAGCCUCGUGUCCUCAGCACUCCUCAGCGUGCACCUUUUCUUAUCAGGCUUCCUCCACCUAGCAACCUGCCAGGUGCCACCUCUGUGCCUUCCGUUCCCUGGGCCCCAGUAUAUACUGCCUGCCCUCUUCCUAUGCACAUCUACCAUCCAUCCAGGCCCAACUCUAAUCCCACUUCUCUACAGAGCCUUUCUAACUACCCUGACACCCUCACUCCCCUUUACCAGGAGCAGUGAUUUUGCCCUUCUCUGAAAUGCUGUCCCACUUACAAUAUGCACUCUACUGAGCAUUCUCAGGGAUGGUCCCUCCAUGUUUCAGUUUUGUCUGUCUUGUGUGUAAAAGAGCAUAUUAUAUUUAUCUUGUAUCAGCCAGAGCACCAUUAUACUUGGCUUUCAGUAAUGAUUGGCUGUAAUUCGUUGUCUGAUGGAUUUGAUUGAUUAAAAAUUGAGCAUUGAGUGUA